CGGGCUCUUAGGGUGCGGGGUCACUUUUGACAGCUUUGGGUGUGAGCAAAUUUUUAAAACCAAAAAUUUAAUAAGCAAGUGUUAUGUUGUGUAACAUUAACUUUGAUGCUAGUUUGAACUUAUUUUUAAUCUAAACUGUGCAGUACGCGUGGUAAUGCAUUCAGAUUUAUCUCCCCACCUUCACACACCAGAGUGUAAUGAACUGAUCAGCUUACUAAAACAGUGUCACGCGGAAAGAAAAUUUGCCAGAUUUGUUGGUGUCUGCAAUAGGUUCGAUCAGGACGUUGUCAAUUGUUUGCGGAGUGAGCGAAUCGAACGGAGCCGCCAGAACCGGGAGAAAGCUCGAAAGGAGCAGCUUCGCGUCCAGGAGCGGAUGCGUCAACUAGAAAAGGAGCAACAGGCAACACAUUAA